AUGAUAAAAUAACAAUAAUUUGGGAUCUAUAAAACUCAGAAAAAUACCAUUGUAAGCUUGAUGGGCAUACUGAUUGGAUUUGGUCAAUAGAGUUUUCUCCUGAUGGGUAAUUAUUAGCUUUAGGAGGAGGGGAUAAUUUAAUAAAGAUAUGGGAUUGGAAAUAAUAAAAAGAAGUUUAUUAAUUAAAUGGCCAUACACAUGAAUUGCGAUCAGUACUAUUUUUUUUCUAAUGGUUUGAGAUUGGUGUCAUGCAGUAAAGAUAAAACAAUUAGAGUAUGGGAUAUAAAGGAAUAAAAGGAAUUAUUUAAAUUGAUCGGACAUUCAGAUGUUGUUUAAGCUAUUAAAUUUACAAUGAAUGAAUAAUAAUUGGUCUCUUGCAGUGCAGAUAUGACAAUUAGAUUUUGGAAUUUAGUUAAUAAAUAAGAAAUUUUAAGAAUUUAAGCUCAUUCCAAUAUUAUUCGUAGAGUUGCAAUCAGUCCUAAUUAAAAAUAAUUAAUCUCUUCUAGCUGGGAUAAAAGUAUUAAAUUAUGGGAUAUAGAUGGAAAUAAAGGAUAUUAAUCAGAUAUUGGUCAUACAAAUGAAAUUACAUGCAUAGUGUUUUCUCCAGAUGGUUAAAAACUUGCUUCAUGUAGCAAAGAUAAAA